AUGGCUGCCCGCAACACAGUCAAAGCAUCGUCAAUUUUGUCGUUGGCUACAGCAUCUAUUGCUGCCCGUCGCUCAUUUACGCAGUACCUUCCUUCUGAUCACUUGAAAGAUCCUACAUGUCCUCAGUUUAUGGUCGGCAAGGAAAACGGUUUCUUGCCUCGCCAAGAUCCUUUGGUUGAACUGCCUUCUGAGUUCAAAGAGCUCGAAAGCCUUCUUCAGCGUAUGCCUCUUACCACUGCCAAGGGCGAAGUGGGUUUGCUUGCCAAGGGCGAGUUUGGCAAAGCAGUUGCCGCUGAACUACCUGAAUACAAUGUCGACCAUAUUACCGACUCUCAAGUUCUUAAUGCUUUGUAUCGUGACUAUUGCUUUGCCACUUCAGCAUAUCUGCUUGAGCCCUGUGACAUUUACUUUCGUGAGAAGAAAGACUAUGGUCUUGGUCGUGAUGUACUUCCUCGCAACAUUGCCGUACCACUGGCCAAGGUUUCAGAGAAACUUGGUGCAAAACCGUUUUUAGAGUACACUCAGGGCUAUGGACUGUACAACUUUACUCGCCUGGACAAGACUAAACCCAUUGUCUAUGGUAACGUUCGUCCCAUUCGCUAUUUCGCUGGUAUGCCAUCCGAGACUGGAUUUAUUCUUGUCCAUGUAGCCAUGGCUGCCAACUCUUCCAAACAGGUUACGCACGUUCUUGGUGCUUUAGAUGCGGUCAAGGCCAAUGAUCGAACCCAGUUUGAUCUUGAGCUGCACGGCAUUCUUUCCGCCAUGCAGAGUGUCAAUGCUGCCAUGGAAAACAUGUGGACCGUCUCGGCUCCCAAAGACUACAUGAAAUAUCGUACUUUUAUCAUGGGAACCAAGAACCAGCCCAUGUUCCCCAAGGGUGUUGUCUAUGAAGGUGUUUCCCCUGAACCUACCUUUUAUCGUGGCGAAACCGGUGCCAACGACUCCAUUAUCCCCACCGCUGACAACUUUUUGGAGCUGACAGGAUCUAUGCCAGAUAACCCUCUCACCGAAAUUCUUCGUGAUUUCCGUAGCUACCGUCCUGCCAACCAUACCGAUUUCCUUACAUGGCUUGAAAAGGAAGCCAAAACUCUUGGCGUGCGCGCAUACUCUGUUCAGAACAGCACCAGCGCUGUUCGCUAUUUGGCUAUUCUUGAUCAAAUUCGCGAAUACCGUGCUCGUCACUGGAACUUUACCAAGGAGUAUAUCAUCAAGUGGACCGAUCAUCCUGUUGCUACGGGUGGUUCUCCUAUUACCACGUGGCUUCCUAAUCAGCUCGAGUCUGUUUUGCGUGCCAUUGAGGAAAUCUCAAAAUCCAUUCAUCCCGCUCAGCUUUCUGAGGAAGACAAGAAACUGUCCAAAGAACUGCUUGAUCGUGCAGAAGUUCAACGCCGUAUUCUAACCCGUGAAGUCGAUGCACUGCGUAAACGUUUUGGACAGUAA